CAGGCGGCGGCUAAGCCCCGCCGCCCCCAGGAAGCGGAAGCGGCGGCCGCGGUGCAGUGUGGGCCGGCGGCGGCUGAGGCGGAGCUGGGUCUGAAUGAAGGCGCCGCGGGCGAGGGGCUGCCGGCGCCGCUGAGCGCCCCGGGGUCGCGCCCGCCCCGCACCCCUUUCUCCCUUCCCCUUCCCUCCGCGGGCGGGCUGCGGCCGCCCGGCCCACGACAUGUCCUACAACAAGAUCCCGCCGCGCUGGCUCCACUGCCCCAGGAGAGGGCAGCCCGUGGCAGGAAAGUUUUUACCUUUGAAGACAAUGUUGGGACCAAGAUACGAUGAACAGGUUGCUGAAGAAAAUCGCUUUCACCCGAGUAUGUUAUCCAACUACUUAAAGAGUCUGAAGGUUAAAAUGGGUUUACUGGUAGACCUGACCAACACCACUAGAUUCUAUGAUAGGAAUGAUAUAGAAAAAGAGGGGAUUAAAUAUAUAAAGCUUCAAUGUAAAGGGCAUGGUGAGUGCCCUACACCUGAGAAUACAGAAACAUUUAUCCGUGUAUGUGAACACUUCAGUGAUAAGAAUCCAUCUGAGCUUAUAGGUGUCCAUUGCACACAUGGUUUCAAUAGAACUGGAUUUCUGAUAUGUGCCUUUUUGGUCGAAAAGUUGGACUGGAGUAUUGAGGCUGCUGUGGCUACUUUUGCUCAGGCUAGACCACCAGGUAUUUAUAAAGCUGAUUAUUUGAAGGAGUUAUUCCGUCGUUAUGGAGACGAAGAUGAUGCGCCGUCACCACCUGAGCUACCAGAAUGGUGCUUCGAUGAUGAUGAAGAGGAGGAUGAUGAUAAUGGUAAAACAGGAGGACAAGAAUCAGAACCUGGAUCGUCAAGCUCUUCCUUUGGCAAGAGGAGAAAAGAACGCCUAAGACUGGGUGCAAUUUUCUUGGAAGGAAUAACAGUUAAAUGUGUGACCCAGGUGACAACGCAACCAAAGUUAGGAGGAAUACAGCAAAAAUGUCAGCAGUUCUGUGGAUGGGAAGGGUCUGGGUUCCCUGGGGCACAGCCUGUUUCCAUGGACAAGCAAAAUAUUAAAUUUUUGGAGCAGAAGCCAUACAAAGUGAGCUGGAAAGCAGAUGGCACUCGGUACAUGAUGCUGAUUGAUGGCAAGAAUGAAGUUUAUAUGGUUGAUAGAGACAACUCGAUUUUUCACGUAGCUAACCUGGAAUUUCCGUUUCGCAAAGACCUUCGCAUGCAUCUAACCAACACUCUUCUGGAUGGGGAAAUGAUCAUCGACAAGGUUAAUGGACAGGUUGUCCCUCGGUACUUGAUCUAUGACAUUGUCAAGUUCAAUGGACAGCCUGUUGGAGACUGUGAUUUUAAUGUUCGACUGGCGUGUAUAGAGAAGGAGAUUAUAUUUCCACGGCAUGAGAAGAUGAAGAAUGGUCUUAUUGACAAAGCACAGGAACCAUUCAGUGUUCGAAACAAACCUUUUUUUGACAUCUACACUUCAAGAAAGCUUCUGGAAGGAAACUUUGCCAGAGAAGUUAGCCAUGAAGUGGAUGGACUUAUAUUUCAACCUACUGGAAAAUACAAGCCUGGCCGAUGCGAUGAUAUUUUGAAAUGGAAGCCACCCAGCCUGAACUCUGUUGAUUUUCGUCUGAAAAUAACAAGAAUUGGUGGAGAGGGGCUGCUCACCCAGAACGUUGGUCUUCUGUAUGUUGGAAACUUCGACAGACCUUUUGCACAAAUUAAGGUGACAAAAGAACUGAAACAGUACGACAAUAAAAUCAUAGAGUGCAAGUUUGAGAACAACAGCUGGGUCUUCAUGAGACAGAGAGUAGACAAAAGCUUUCCAAAUGCCUACAGCACUGCCAUGGCUGUGUGCAACAGCAUCCAGAAUCCAGUCACAAAGGAGAUGCUGUUUGAGUUCAUUGACAGAUGUACGGCAGCUUCUCAAGGACAGACACGGAAACACCACCUUGAUCCUGACACGGAACUCAUGCCACCCCCGCCGCCCAAGAGGCCGCGCACCAUAACGUAAGGCCUCGGUCCUGGCCCACAACGUGUUUACAGUUCUGCAGAAGGUGAAACGCAAAUGUGAAGGCUGGAAAUUAAAGGAGUCUGAAUUGCUGUAAAUACUUGGGUUUGGUUUCUGAGUUUGUUGAAUUUUUUUGCUUGUUUUGUUAUGUUUUUUCCCAAAUUCCACAUACGAAUGGACAUUGUUUUAUAACGGAUGAAUUCAACCUUACCUUAUGGUGUUUGAAGGUGAGAUUUCCAAAGGUUUAGACAAGAAGAGUACAAUGAAGUCAACAGAAAGCUACCUUGUUGUUUAUAUAUGGAUCUCUUUUCACCUUUAAAUUAUGUCAGCACUCUGGAACUGAGAGAACAUUGGAUGCUGUACUUUUUAGAGGCCGUGUUUAAAACAAAGAUUAUGUGGGUUUUUUAUUAUUGUUACUCAACUUGUUGCAAUUUGUCACCCGUAAUAGAACUGAUCAUAGUUUCCCUGUGUUUCUGAGACUCGUGUUUAAGGCAAACAGCAAUGUUGUUUGUGCUCCGUGUUGGUGAGAAACUAAAGCCGCCUCAGAUUUCACUAAUUCUGAAAUUAACUGGGUUUUUGUUGUUGAAGUAUUAAAAAAAAAGAUAUUGUAAAUAGCAUUCCCUUGAAAGGAAAUGUGCUGGGUGUUUGGUUUUUGUCCCCCCUGUUUGAACCUAACACACCAAAUGUAUAAGUGCGCUGAUUUUAGCUUUGCCUUUUUAUCUGUAGAUAAGGAACACACCAAAUCCUUAGUAUUAAGGUCUCUGUUAAAGAGACUGUUUCUAGUACAGGGCUUAGUUCUCCGCAGUGAUACCAUUGUAAAUAUUACAAGAAAUACACGUCACUGUGACCUGCAAGAGUAAUAAAGCAGCGCUAGUCGUAACGUCUUAGACCCAGGCACAAAAUGGCAGAAGCAGUACUGGACAACUCCUGUGUAAAAGAGAAGGUAGCUUCAGUGGGAGAGAGACAGAUCAGACAGAAAGAGUUUCCUUGUUUAGGUAAUUGCAAAAAUAAACUGUUUAAGGGGGGUGAAUGAGCCUGUCAGGGAACAGGACGCUCAUUUCCAAAGGUGGGGUGGGCUGUCCCACAGCACCACACUCACCCGCUGCCCGAUUUGCUGUCUCGUGAGCCACGCCGGCUCUGGCUGCACACACUGGCAGACGUCCCCGACUUGUAGUUUUGAGAAGCUGCAUUCUGGUUGUCUGAGGGAGGAGUUGUUCUGAGCUGGGAUUAAUUAGAAACCAAAUGCAAAAUGUAAAGUUUACUGUACAGUUAUCAGGCAGGGAUCGAAUUGACUCUUGCCGUAGUUUACUUAGCGCGUGAGUCAUCCCUCCAUCCAUUCAGCAAUCUGAUUAGUGAGGCUCAUUGAUUUGCUAUAACUGAAAUGUGUUUCUGUUUCAAUGAGUUUUAAUGUCUGUAAGCAAAAUGAACUCCUGCUUUCCCCUUUUUUUUUUUGUUUUCCUUUCCCUAAUUUUCUUCUGUUUGGAAACUUGACAUAAUGCUUCCCUGCGACUGUGCUUCGUGGUGGCUUCUCUAGUUGUUUAAGCCUGUCAUACAGAUGCACACAGCGUCAUUUAGACAGAGUUCCUAGCAUGUCUUUCUAGGAUAUUCAGUAUGUGUGUUAGAGAACUGAAGGAGUUGUGUAAGUUACUUUUUAUACUAUGGUAAAACUUGAGGGGAAAAAAGAAACGCAUUCAUCAAAGUUCUCUUUUUUUUCAACUGUAUAUAGUUCCUGUAGAAAAGAUUCAAUAUCACCUAUGCAAGGUUGCAAAAUUAUCUCCUAAGAAGAGCCUUAUGAAUUUGAUGUGUAAACCUAUGCAGCCUCUGUGCAUCUUGCAUCGAAACAAACAGUUAAUUACUUCCUCACUCGGUAUAAGUGGUUUCCCCGGGUUAUGGUCAUUGAGAGUGUCAUACCACGCGUUUUGUCACCGACCUUCAUGGUUCUGUGGCAGCUGGUGGUUACAGCCUUCUCCAUGAAGUUUAAGACAUUUCAUUCUGGUAAAGAUGCUUCCAGGUUAUUUCCAUCUUUCUCCCUCCCUGCCCUUGCAUCUUGUAUUUCCACAAGACCUAGCUUCUGAUUUACCUUUUACUUCAGAGCUGCAGCACCACGGGCUGUUUUCCACAUGCAUUCCGCCAGCUCCAUGAACGUGUUGUGGCCCUUGUGUUUUGACAGUGUCUUUUUUUUCCACUCUUAUCUGGAAAUGGCUAUUUUGAAAGAGUGAUGACUCUGAGAAGGUUCUUAGAGCUCCACAUUCACAUUUGAUUGUCAAACUCUUCUUGCACUAUGACCUGUAGCUUUUUGAGAGAGAUUAGUCGCCUUUGACUUUUCCAGAAGAGGAAGCUACUGGGAGGGGGUUGAUUCAAGAACCCAAUGAAAACAAAUGGAAUUUCAUUUGGAACUGAUGAGUUUAAAUGCUGUGAGAAACGUGAACCUCCUUUCUCUGCCUCUAGAUAUUCAAGAGAUUUGCAACCAAGAAGCAAGGAAGAGUCUGUACCAGGAAAAUAAUGAUGAUUAAAAGAAAACCCCUACUCUGGCUAUUCUUUGAUGUACAGCGUGAAUUCAUCCACUGUUUUGUCAUUUGUUAAAUAUAUAAUUAAGAUUUUGUUUCAGUGGAGUUUCCAGAAAAUGUAAGUACAUUCCUCAACAGACUGUGUAUUAAGUAUUUUAAUAAAGUCCAUGGUUUAAAUACUUUUUCCUAA